AUGUUACACACUGGGCAACUCGAGCAAUACUUCUAUUCAGGUUGCGUAGACAAGUUCUGUCCAGCUGGCAAAUUUUGUUACGAACGACUAGGUCCCUGCGAAAAUCCGCCAUGCCGUCCUAUUCUCAUGUGCCUUCCCAACGAAGUCAAUGGCUGUCGAGGGCAUGAUUGUCCAUUUGGCGAGGUUUGUGUAGAGCGAGUUCAGCCUUGUAUUGGUAAAUCGUGCAGGAAAAUAGCGAUUUGUGCCAAAGCAGGAACUUGUGAUGCUUUUGUCUGCCCACCGUCGCAAAAGUGUGUGGAGAAUCCUAAGCCAAAAUGUGUGAAGCACGUACCUACCGUAAGCAGUGUUAUUGGUGAAGCUCAUCUAUCUGGCAAUCAUUCGGUUUUGCUUUCAUAA